GUUGCGGCAAGCUUUAGCUUAACUUAUCGCACCAGUUCAGCAGUGUUGCAACUAAAAGGAACAGACUAGUAGUCCUCUCGGUAACAAGAUACAUGUCAAUUUGAGCGGUAUAAAAAAUUGUCUCUAGUAUCACCGACUGAUAUUAUUGUAUUUAUAAUCGGUUUGCCGAAUGUUUCCCAAUCGGCGAUACCUCUUUCUUCUCGCGUUAUAUGCAGUCGUAUAUUUGCGUGUAAAGCAACGAAUAUAAUUUAUUUUAGCGUAAUAUGUCGGAGCAUGUGAUAUGUACAAUCAACAUGAGGGAAGGUGUUACGAUGUAAGAGGGAAUGAUAAUCGUCUCUAGGAAAUGACUAAUGUCUUGUUCAAUGCAUCAUAUACAGCGGUGUUUGUCGAGAAAUCGAUGAAUUUAUAAUAUUGUAUCGCGUUAAAAAUGCCAAGUUCGCAUCUAUAUGCUAUUAACAAUGAAGGACGUGUGUUUGGACUGUCGACGUCUGGAAAUAUGUGGCGUGAAUUCAUGUAUUUAGGCCUCGAAUUUAAACAGUUAUCCGCUGUGCCUCAUUUUAUGUGGGCCAUUGGUGGAGAUCGUCAAGUUUACGUUCAUGUUCAUGGUUUAGACAUACCAAUAAGGAUAAAAGAGGAAACUUAUGAAAAUGAGCGCUGGCUGCCUUUAGAAGGUUUUAGCGGGAGAUUACUUCCAACCGACAGAUAUAAUUUUUCAAAUCAAGAUGGUACAGUCGAUCGCAGCAGGGACAAGGUAAAAUUGCCAUCAAUGGCAUGGCAAUGGGAAGGUGACUGGCAAAUAGAGACUACAUUAGAUGGCCAACCAUUGGAUCAUGAUGGAUGGACAUACGCAAUUGAUUUUCCAGCAACGUACACUACAAAAAAGCAGUGGAAAUCUUGCGUAAGGAGACGCAAAUGGGUUCGUUAUCGGAGAUAUAGCGCUAUGAAUUCAUGGUGCGCUAUUGCCCCUCUUCACAAAGACCCAACCAAGGAACCUUUUAUCGAUGUAGCUGUAGGUGGUAAUCAAAUGCCUGGAGCUAGUCCUGGAAGCUUGGUAGUUUGGGCUGUAACUGCUCACGGACGGGUAAUGUUCCGCGUUGGAACAAGUACAACCUGUCCCGAAGGACAAAGAUGGAGUUCCAUCAAAUUGGCAAAUGGCUAUGAAGUGUGUCAAAUUAGCGUUGGAAUAACUGGUCUUGUCUGGGCUGUGGUUAUGACUGGGAAAGCAUUGGUCCGUACGGGUGUAACGAGAGACAACCCAAUGGGCGAAGAUUGGUCGGAAGUGGAACCACCGCAAAAAGAUUUGAGAUUGGUACAAGUUAGCGUAGGUACUGACGCUGUAUGGGCUGUAACACACGAUGGUGGGAUAUGGUUCCGAAAAGGUAUCAAAGGCGAAAUGAGCGGUGUCUGUGAACAGUUGGCUACUGGAACCGGUUGGGUCGAAAUGUUAAGCAAAAUGGCCCUAGUAUCCGUUGCUCCAAACGAUCAGGUUUGGGCUAUCGGUCAUGACGAUCGAUGUUUGUAUUACCGUACUGGCAUCACACGCUCGGAAUUAACGGGAAAAAAGUGGAGAUUGAUAAACGCGCCGCUUCAACUCAGUAGAGCAAGCAGCAACGCCAGUUUGUCGUCCAGUAAUAGACACAGUACGUGUGGCACACCGCAGCAGCAACGUCAUCAGAGCUGGAGUUCUUUGAAUCGCCCUCACAGUACCAGCGAAGGUACAACGUUGGUCAGAGAAUGGGAGGAGCAAUCGCGUUCAGCGCCAACACCCACAUCCUUAAAAUUGUGGCAACGUACCGGCGAUGGUACAUCCGCAAAGAAUAUUCAACAAACAUCUUUUCAAGAUAUAUAUUUAAACGAAGAGAGAAAGAGGUCUGCAAAUUCCGUAGACGCAGCGAGUGAUCUAAACGAAGCGAGUGUCGCUAGUAUAACUAUAUCUAACGAAUCUUUAGCGAAAAGUGGGGAGUCCAUAGUCGUUUCGGGAAAAGGAAUGAGUAGUACCGUCAAGAUAAACCCUGCCGCUUGGAGUCCCGUUCAUUCUGUCGGUUCUAUGGUUGGGGUUGAAGCGCAUCCAGAAACCGAUGGGAGCGUGUUCGAUCCGGAUUUAACUGGAGAUUCUGGGGUAUACGGCGAAGAUGAGAGCGCAGGAAUAAUAUAUUGGGCCGAGUGUGACGUAUUGUGGUACAAAGUGGAAGCUGGAGCAUGCUUCGUCGAUCCGAUAAAUCCACCGAAAUGGAUCGCAGACGGCAGUGGUACGAUACAAGGGGAAACUGGAGAGUCUUGGAGAAUAUACAUCUUGGAUGAAUUAAAGUCGAGAUUGAAGAGAGUAUCGCUCGACUCCUCGGUAGUGUAUGAAAGAGCUGUUGAAAAAUCAUCUUGGGUUAAGACAGGCGAUGCCAAGUGCAAAAUUAAAGGCGGCACGUUGUACGAAGAUUGCAAAAUCGAAUUGGAAUGGAUAAGCAGUGAUACUGGGUCCUUAGAUUCCGGCACUUUGAUCAUUUUAAAUUCAGACGGCGUAACAAGUGUGAUACAAUUUCCCGUGUCGGAAAUUACAUGCGUUGUCUGCUGCAGCGAGCCAGGUAAUCCGAGAAUAGCGGUUCAUACUCCCAAAUUGACUCGUUCAAAAGUAAUCAGGCUACAGUUUGCUAGCGAUACAGAGAUGGAAGACUGGUUGGCGCAUUUGACGUCAGUAUCUUGCCGGAUGAACAGUGUGUACGGUACGCCUAGCCCAAAUUCAAUCUGGAUCACGACCGCACUGGGCGACGUGUAUGUAUUCGAUCCUGCAAUCGCGGAGGAAUAUCAAUUGUUCGAGAACGGAUAUGUACAAGAGAUGGAUGUUAUCGGUAGAGAUUUGCCAUUCGAGAGCAUAUUACAGAAUGGUUUUGGAUACGGUAGCACUCUAAAAAUUGCAGUAUGCGUCCACGACGACGCCGACAGGUUGUAUUUCAAUCUGGUUUGUUACACCACAACGUUUGUGAAGCAAAAAGCUGUGGCGGAUAAUCACGACAUAGCUUUUCAUUUCAACCCAAGACUCAAAGAGAAUAUUAUCGUACGGAACACAUAUCAGAAUGGACAGUGGGGAGAUGAGGAGAGAAAUGGAGGUAGUCCAUUGAAGGCAGGCUGUGACUUCACGCUGUAUAUUAUUUGCGAAGAACGCGGUUAUAGAAUUUUUAUUAACGACAGCGAAUAUACCUUUUAUAGCCACAGAAUAUAUCCGCAAAACAUCACGCAUUUACGCAUCAAGGGGCUGUUGACUUUAUGCAAUAUCACGUACAAAUCUACAUCCGUGAUCAUCGAGCCAAGCACGAUGUUUUGGAGGCAAAUUGGCGGGCACUUGAAGAAGGUCGAAACAUGUUCCGCGGGCGUUACUUGGGGCAUCGGUUACGACAGUACCGCUUGGGUGUAUACGGGUGGUUGGGGUGGCGCAUUUCUCAAAGGCUUGGCCACGAGUAACACCGGGAUCAAUACCAUGGUGGAUACCCAUAAUUAUUACGUGUACGAAAAUCAACGUUGGAAUCCAGUGACUGGAUAUACCGCGCAUGGACUUCCUACAGACCGUUACAUGUGGAGCGACGCGACCGGCCGACACAAGUGCACGCGGGAACACACAAAGUUAUUGUCGAUGCACUGGCACUGGGUAUCAGAUUGGAUCGUCGACUUUCACACACCCGGUGGUGUUGACAGAGACGGCUGGCAAUACGCUACCGAUUUCCCCUCGCAGUACCAUGGAAAGAAGCAGUUCACCGAUUACGUUCGACGAAGACGAUGGUUCAGAAGAUGUCAACUGACAACCAGCGGGCCCUGGCAAGAACUAGGAAACACCAAACUCAUCGACGUUUCUUUAUACGCGACUGGAAAACCUGGCACGGACGCUCCUAUUCAUGUAUGGGCAGUUGCCGCGAACGGUGAGGCUUUAUUCAGACGAGGCGUAUCAGAAUCAUGUCCAAUGGGAGUGUCAUGGGAGCAUAUACCGAGUGAUCAACCGUUAAUUAGUAUAUCGUGUGGCCCAUGUGGACAAGUUUGGGCCGUUGGGAAAAAUGGCUCCUCUUAUUGGAGAUUAGGGAUCAGCGCUGCGAAACCGACUGGUAUACAAUGGCAAAACGUCGAGCCACCCUCAGGGGCUCAGUUGAAGCAGAUUUCGGUGGGAUACGAUGUUGCGUGGGCCUUGGACACAACGGGUAGAUUGUCAGUGCGUCGGGACGUACAGUCGAAUGUUUUUCCCGAGGGAACUCAUUGGCAAACAUUGCCGGCUAUGCCAAAUGAUCCCAUUCAUAUAGAUAUGGCAGUGGUGAACGCUAAGCAAGGAUUUCGACAUGUAUCCGUUUCGAGGGAACAGGGACAAGUUUGGGCAACUUCGGGAGCUGGCAUUAUCUGUCGAAGAAUUGGUGUUACCGAUGAAAAUCCAGCUGGAACUGGAUGGGUAACUGGUAUAGGAGCAAACUGGCAAAAUAUAAGUCUCGGAGGGCUUGUAAAUAAGACAAAAUGACUUAUAUAACUGCGAUAAAUUAAAAUUCGGCUAUGCUAGUAUAAAAUAAUUAGCAAUUCUGUGCGAUUGCCUUGUAAUGUAUAAUAUUAUGUGUGUACAAACGUGCGCGUAUACAAACGCACGUCUAUGCGGUCUAUGCCAAUCAUAUUGCUAAUCUCUUUAAUCAUGAAUUAUAUACGGCGAAUUACUCAAGAAUUAGAAACUAACGUUAACAUUACCAUAUUAAUUUAUCUUUUUUUUUUGUUUUUUCCUCAAAAUGUCUUCAAAAUUGAGUAUAACGGACACAUUAACGGAAAUUUUAUUUAUUAAUAAAAAUGGUAAUGUGUUAAAUAUAGUAUCACGCGCGUAUAUGUGUCACAUAUAAUAUAUACGUAUACAUCGUUCCGAAAUUGGAAUAUGAUCAUGUAAAUUAUUAUUUUCGUCAGAUUAUUCUCGCAAGAUAAGAUAAUAAUUGUUAUACCAGCACUUUGUUAUUUUUCUAGUAUCACCAGAACACAUACGAAAGAUACAACAGUCGGAUAUAAACAGUAUCUAUGACUUCGGCGCGUAAUAGCACAAAAUGCUCACACAAAAGUAUAGCGAAACUAAAAUUAAUUGUUAUUUUGUAAUAUCAUACAAGACAUUCCAACGACCACGAGAAAUAUGUAUAACGUUCGUACAUUCAAAUCUUCAUGUAUUACAUUCUUGUACCGCUAUGUUCUUUUUUCUCAAGUGACUCAAGCGACAAAUUGACAAAUGUCGGUAUAACUAAUAAAAUCCUUUUACGCCGCAGAUUAUCAGUUUUAUUUUUUAUUGUUUUUAGCUGAGACGUUUAGUACGCUAUGCUAUGCUAUGACUAUGAUAACGAUUGAGAACCAACACAUCGGUGUAAAAUAAGUGAUCUAUUUAUGAGUGUUGUGAAUUGCGUACAUUGCCAAUAUAUCGCAAAUAUCAUUA